AUGACCAAUAUGGCUGACUCUAGCUACUCAGACUUCCCAAUUUCUGGAUCGUGGGCUUUAUGGAUGGCCUCCUCCGAAGUGGACCAGAAGGCCCUGGGCAAUUUUGCAGCCGUCAUGGGCCUCGAAAACCCUCUACUCUCGGCAAUGCUAUACAAAGUCCUCGGCGUCUCCGUCAUGCUAUCAAAAAAGCUUCUUAGAGCCCGCAAGCUACGGCGCCUCGACACAACACGGGAAACAAGAUCCCUUCAGCUGUACCAUCACAUCAUAUGGCUCUCCCGCGAAGGCCUAUUAAUACUGGAGGGCUACAUCCUUCCCAUGGUAGACAGGUUUGUCGAGCUAAAAGUGCUCGCCUACAAGCUCCGCGCUUCCUUCUACCAUAUUUUUGUCCUAUUCCACAAUCGCCCAAUUUUCACUCCCGACACCGAUACGACAACCCGCUCCAAACAUGACUCCAUAUACGGCGCAGAUACCCUAACCGCCCUCGGCGUCUCAGACUCCAACUCUAAAAUGAAUACGACAUCAACACCAACAUCCCGACCCCCAGGCCUACCAGUAAUGCAACCAGUACAGCCACCCCAACUAGUCUCCUCCUUCCUCCUUCCUCCAUUAGACUACACCGCCACAGCAACAGCCUGCUUCAACCACGCAGCAACUCUUUCCGACAAACUCCUACCGGGCUCCCACCCUCUCCGUCUCUCCGUCAAGCUCGAAUAUGCAGCCUAUCUAUACGACUGCCUCCAAGACCCCAUCGCCUGCCGCCGCCUCGCAAAGCAGGCCAUUGCAGACGUCUACAAUGCCCAAGAAGGCAUGGAUGACGAGAGCUUCGAAGACGCCGCAGAAAUCGUCAGCGUGCUAGGGAAGAUGGUCAAACGCGGCGGGAAACCCAGCUCCAGUACCGGCACCCCGGGGAGCAGUGUCUCCCGUGCUGGGCGCUCACGCAGUCGCAGUAGCCAGGCGCCUAGCCAUCUCGAUACUAGCGUGCCGACUACUGUCUCGCCAGUGCCGGUUACGAAAUCUACCCCUGUUUCCGAGGCUCGGGUGGGAGUGAACCACCCAGCUGUUCCUAACGCUUCUAUGAUGAAUCCGAUUUAA